AUGCGCGCUAUCCUGCCGCAUUUCAUAAAUCGUGACUUUCGACGAGGGCCUUUCGUUUUGAGUCUCACGGACCUACACCAAAGCAACAUCUUUGUGGACCAAGAUUGGAACAUCAAGUGUCUUGUUGACUUAGAGUGGGCAUGCUCACGCCCAGUAGAGAUGCUGCAUCCCCCAUACUGGCUUACUAGUCGUGGGGUGGACCAAUUGGAAGAGGGGGAGCAUCUCGAUGCUUUCAACAACAUGCAUAGCGAAUUCAUGGACGCGUUCGCAAGAGAGGGAGAAUCACUUUUCGAGAAGCAUGCCAGGGCUUUCAGCUUAACAGACAUUAUAAAAUGGGGCUUGGAAAACGGGAGCUUCUGGUAUUCUCAUGCCCUUGACAACCCGAAAGGACUAUAUAACAUAUUUCUCGACCAUAUUCAGCCUAUAUUCGCAAAGCUAGACGAUGCCGGAGUGGACAAGUUGGAGUAA